AUGGCAGCGGACUCCACAGACAAGAAGGAUGCAGAAGCCUCAGGGGCCAAAGACAGAGAAAGGAAACGCAGCCGUUCGCGGGACAGAGAAAGGGAAAGGAAAGCGUCGCCGACACGCAAACGCAACCGCUCUCGUGAACGAAACCGCUCCAAAUCCCCAGAAAGAGAUCGGCGCAGGACAGAGAAAGACAAGGACCGUGAAAGAGACAGAGAUAGAGACAGAGACAGAGACAGAGAGAGGGGCCGUAAAGACAGAGACAGCCACCGGCGGGACAAAGAUCGCAAUAAGAGAAGCCCCUCACCAAAAUCAAGAGAUGGUAGGUUAAAGAAAGAGAAGGACAUAAAAGCCGAGGAUGAGGAAGAAGAAAAAAAGAAGAAAGAGAAGGUCCAGCCACUGUCUUUAGAGGAGCUUCUGGCCAAGAAAAAGGCAGAAGAGGAGGCAGAGGCAAAGCCUAAGUUUCUGUCAAAAGCAGAACGGGAAGCUGAGGCCAUAAAGCGCAGAGAGCAGCAGGUAGAGGAGAGGAAGAAGAUGCUGGAUGACGAGAGGAAGAAAAGGAGGGUGUUUCAGGACAUAGGGAGGAAAAUGCUGGAGGACCCCCAAGAAAGGGAAAGGCGGGAAAGAAGAGAGCGGAUGGAGCGGGAGAACAACGGGACUGAAGAGGACGAUGGACGACAGAAGCUCAGAGAGGAGAAGGAUAAAGGCAAAGAACUUGUGGCAAUCAAGGAGCGUUAUCUUGGCGGCAUCAAAAAACGGCGGAGGACUCGCCACCUGAACGACAGAAAGUUUGUGUUUGAGUGGGAUGCCUCAGAAGACACUUCGGUCGACUACAACCCGAUUUACAAGGAGAAGCAUCAGGUGCAGCUGUAUGGACGCGGCUUCAUCGCUGGCAUUGACUUGAAGCAGCAGAAAAGGGAGCAGUCGCGUUUCUAUGGCGACCUAAUGGAGAAAAGACGCACCCUGGAGGAGAAGGAGCAGGAAGAGACACGACUGAAGAAGAUGCGCAAGAAGGAAGCCAAGCAGCGCUGGGACGACAGGCACUGGUCCCAGAAGAAGCUGGACGAGAUGACGGACAGAGACUGGCGAAUCUUCAGAGAAGAUUACAGCAUCACCACCAAGGGAGGAAAGAUCCCGAACCCCAUCAGGAACUGGAAGGAGUACGCGCUGCCCGCACACAUCCUGGAGGUCAUCGACAAAUGCGGCUAUAAGGACCCUACGCCCAUUCAGAGGCAGGCCAUUCCUAUUGGCUUACAGAACCGUGACAUCAUCGGUGUGGCUGAAACGGGUAGCGGUAAAACUGCUGCUUUCCUGAUUCCAUUGCUGGUUUGGAUCACCACUCUGCCUAAGAUUGAGAGGAUUGAAGACUCCGACCAGGGUCCUUAUGCUGUGAUUUUGGCCCCGACCCGUGAGUUGGCGCAGCAGAUCGAAGAGGAAACGAUAAAGUUUGGUAAACCUCUGGGCAUCCGAACAGUGGCCGUGAUCGGAGGAAUCUCCAGAGAGGACCAAGGCUUCCGCCUGAGGAUGGGCUGUGAGAUCGUCAUCGCCACCCCUGGACGUCUGAUUGACGUGUUGGAGAACAGGUACCUGGUGCUGGGCCGCUGCACCUAUGUUGUCCUGGACGAGGCCGAUCGUAUGAUCGACAUGGGCUUCGAACCAGACGUCCAAAAGAUUCUGGAGUACAUCCCAGUGACCAAUCAGAAACCGGACACUGACGAGGCAGAGGACCCUGAGAAGAUGACCAUGAACUUUGAAUCAGGGAAACAUAAAUACAGACAAACGGUCAUGUUCACCGCCACCAUGCCCCCGGCGGUGGAGAGGCUGGCCAGGAGCUACCUGAGACGCCCUGCCGUGGUGUACAUCGGCUCUGCUGGAAAACCUCACGAGAGAGUGGAGCAGAAGGUCCUGCUGAUGUCGGAGGGGGAGAAAAGGAAGAAGCUGCUGGAGGUGUUGUCGCACGGCUUCGAGCCUCCCAUCAUCAUCUUCGUCAACCAGAAGAAGGGCUGCGACGUGCUGGCCAAAUCUCUGGAGAAAAUGGGGUACAACGCCUGCACGCUGCACGGUGGCAAAGGCCAGGAGCAGAGAGAGUUUGCUCUCUCCAAUCUCAAAGCAGGAGCCAAAGACAUUCUGGUGGCCACAGACGUUGCUGGUCGAGGUAUUGAUAUCCAUGAUGUCUCCAUGGUCCUCAACUACGACAUGGCCAAGAACAUCGAAGAUUACAUUCACCGUAUCGGCCGUACUGGUCGUGCCGGUAAGAGCGGAGUGGCCAUGACUUUCCUCACUAAAGAGGACUCGGCUGUGUUCUACGACCUGAAGCAGGCCAUCCUGGAGAGCCCAGUGUCCACCUGUCCCCCGGAGCUCACCAACCACCCAGACGCUCAGCACAAACCGGGAACCAUCCUGACCAAGAAGAGACGCGAGGAGACUAUCUUCGCCUGAUUUCUCUUUUUGUUUCCUUCUUUAGAAUUUACCCACUGAACAAGUCGGUGCCGAUUCUGGCUGUUUUUACCUCUGAUUUAGCACCCUACUGUGUCCGUGCGUUUAUCUGUCCUGUCCUCAGCAGAUUAUUUUCAGCAGAAUCCAGAUGAUAUGCUCGGUAUAAACUGAAGCCAGAUGCCAUGGAACCAAGUGGUUCUGUUCUUUGCUGCCACCUAAACCUGUAAGAGACCAGCACCAGAUCUGAUGUCAGGUUCCUCUGUUCUAGGUAUAUCAUUCCACCAACUUUUCGCAGCUCUUUUUCAAUAUAAACCUCUGUGUGAAAUGACUGAAUGAGUGUCUGACAGCAUCGAUCAUAAACACAGGGACUUCUUCACUUUUAUUUCUUCAGGGUUCAGAUCAGGAGGAUCUGGCCCUUUAAUAAGAAAGACUGUACUCUGAAUACCACAAGAAAUGACCGGAGUAUGUGUGUACCAGAUGAAACAAACGGGCCAUAAAGUAUACAGUAGAUCUAUCCAGCUGUCUUAUGGUGUCAGAACAAGUCAAAUUACAUUUUUGAAUAUUAAAUUGUGGUUUCUAAGCUCUUUGGCUUCUGUCUGAUUGAAAAUCAGCGCGUGGUUCACGGUCACCAGUC